AGGCCAGGGAUCGAACCUGAGACCUCAUGUUUCCUAGUCAGAUUCAUUUCCACUGCACUAUGAUGGGAACUCCUAAAGGACUGUCUUUUACAUGGUUUUCUUUAAAUGGCUUGAGAUUUACUUCUAAUUGAACAUUGAUUAGAUGUUUGGAUCUCAAUGACCUCUUUUUUUUUUUUUUUACGGAUGAUGAGUACAAAUUGAACAGCAGAGAAUGUUAAUAGAGUGAUAUAUAUUACAUAAAAUCAGGGCUCUCAGUAAUCUCUGGAAUGACCCUUUGAUCUUUCAAAGGGUUUUGGAUGAAACUGUAGUAAUUAAUUUUAAUCCACCUUUCUGUAAGGUCACAAAGUACUUCCACCUUUGAAAGUGUCUUGGAGUCUCACAGUCAUCCCAAAUGAAGGCGAAUGCUCCCUAUUUUACAGAUUUUACAGACAGACCCUAGGAUCCUGAAUAAUUUUUGGAUUCGUAGCCCUUAAGAUUGACUUGGUCAAAGCUCAUCAUGUCCAAGUUGAAAAGUUCAGAGUCAGUCCGGGUGGUGGUUCGCUGUCGGCCCAUGAAUGGCAAGGAGAAGGCUGCUUCGUACGACAAAGUGGUGGAUGUGGACGUGAAGCUGGGGCAGGUAUCUGUGAAGAACCCCAGGGGAGUGGCCCAUGAAAUGCCCAAGACCUUCACCUUUGACGCCGUCUACGACUGGAACGCCAAGCAGUUUGAACUUUAUGAUGAGACGUUCCGACCGCUGGUGGACUCUGUCCUGCAGGGUUUCAAUGGGACAAUCUUUGCCUAUGGACAGACUGGGACUGGGAAAACCUACACGAUGGAAGGAGUCCGGGGCGACCCUGAAAAAAGAGGGGUCAUCCCUAACUCGUUUGAUCACAUCUUCACCCAUAUCUCUCGAUCCCAGAAUCAACAGUACCUGGUCAGGGCUUCUUACUUAGAGAUCUACCAAGAGGAGAUCCGAGAUCUGCUCUCAAAGGAUCAGACCAAAAGACUUGAGCUCAAAGAGCGGCCUGACACUGGAGUGUACGUGAAGGACCUGUCUUCCUUUGUCACCAAGAGCGUGAAGGAAAUAGAGCACGUGAUGAAUGUGGGGAACCAGAACCGUUCUGUUGGUGCGACCAACAUGAACGAGCACAGUUCCCGUUCUCAUGCAAUUUUUGUCAUCACCAUCGAGUGCAGUGAGGUGGGCCUCGAUGGAGAAAACCAUAUCCGGGUUGGGAAAUUGAACCUUGUAGAUCUUGCCGGCAGUGAACGGCAGGCCAAGACCGGUGCUCAAGGGGAAAGAUUGAAGGAAGCGACCAAGAUCAACCUGUCCCUUUCAGCCUUGGGUAAUGUCAUCUCUGCCCUGGUGGAUGGCAAAAGCACACACAUUCCAUACCGGGACUCAAAGCUUACCAGGCUCCUCCAGGAUUCUCUUGGUGGCAACGCCAAAACGGUGAUGGUAGCCAAUGUGGGGCCUGCCUCUUACAAUGUAGAAGAGACUCUGACCACUCUGAGAUAUGCCAACCGUGCCAAAAACAUUAAGAACAAACCAAGGGUCAACGAGGACCCUAAGGAUGCCCUCCUUCGAGAAUUCCAGGAAGAGAUUGCUCGGCUCAAGGCCCAGCUCGAAAAACGGUCCAUUGGCAGAAGGAAGAGGCGGGAGAAGCGGAGGGAAGGUGGUGGUGGCAGUGGGGGUGGGGAAGAGGAGGAGGAGGAGGGAGAAGAGGGUGAGGAAGAAGGGGACGAUAAGGACGAUUACUGGCGGGAACAGCAAGAGAAACUGGAGAUCGAGAAGCGGGCCAUUGUCGAGGACCACAGCCUGGUUGCAGAGGAGAAGAUGAGGCUGCUGAAGGAGAAGGAGAAAAAGAUGGAGGAUCUGAGGCGAGAGAAGGAUGCCGCCGAGAUGCUGGGUGCCAAAAUCAAGGCCAUGGAGAGUAAGCUGCUUGUCGGAGGAAAAAAUAUAGUAGAUCAUACAAACGAACAGCAGAAAAUCCUGGAGCAGAAACGGCAGGAAAUUGCAGAGCAGAAACGUCGAGAAAGAGAAAUCCAGCAACAGAUGGAAAGCCGAGAUGAGGAGACCCUGGAACUGAAAGAGACCUACAGCUCACUGCAGCAAGAGGUGGACAUCAAGACCAAGAAACUCAAAAAGCUCUUCUCCAAGCUUCAGGCAGUGAAGGCAGAAAUCCACGACCUCCAGGAAGAGCACAUCAAGGAGCGGCAGGAGCUGGAACAGACGCAGAAUGAGCUCACAAGGGAGCUGAAACUCAAGCAUCUUAUCAUAGAAAACUUCAUCCCUCUGGAAGAGAAAAGUAAAAUUAUGAAUAGAUCCUUCUUUGAUGAAGAGGAAGAUCAUUGGAAAUUACAUCCUAUAACCAGACUGGAGAAUCAGCAGAUGAUGAAGCGGCCAGUCUCAGCUGUGGGAUACAAGAGACCACUGAGCCAGCAUGCAAGAAUGUCCAUGAUGAUUCGUCCAGAGGCACGGUACAGGGCAGAAAACAUCAUGCUGUUAGAGCUGGACAUGCCCAGCCGGACCACCAGAGACUACGAGGGCCCUGCCAUUGCCCCCAAAGUCCAGGCCGCCUUGGAUGCGGCUCUGCAGGACGAAGAUGAGAUCCAAGUGGAUGCGUCAUCCUUUGAAAGCACUGCAAAUAAGAAAUCCAAGGCCAGGCCUAAAAGUGGAAGGAAGUCGGGAUCCUCCUCCUCUUCCUCAGGAACCACUGCAUCUCAGCUUUAUCCACAGUCUCGGGGGCUGGUUCCAAAGUAAAGCCACUUCCUCCUCUCCCAGGGUGUAAACAGCCUUUGCCUUCUGAGAGAAGAGACAAACAAAACCCGCAGAGAGGACUUGAGCCCAAACUCAGAACCAUUCCCCUGGGGAGAAGCGAUGGCCUCUUUGCAGAUUAACCAACUUAAUCUGGCUGAAACGUGCCAGUCCUAAUCUGGCACUCAGCUCCUCUGGGAAGCAUCUCUUAAUUAGCAUCUCAGAAAUGCAUGGGUAAGGUGAAGCGCGAUAGUUGAAGUGGAAAGCAAGAGAACGACCAGCAACCUUGCUUCCCUUCUCCCUUUCGCCUGCUCCUCCCGUCCCUUUCUUUGCCCUCCCAUCCUCUCCCCUCUCCUCUUCCAGCCUGUUCUCUACACUGGGCUCCCUUCUUGUUGAACAGUGGGGCAGAUCAGGAGUCACCUUAGCAGGACCAAGUCUUUGGAGCCUCAGAUAAAAUGACAGUGAGGUUGAAAAGCCCGAGAAGUUGAACAGGUGCUUGUUCUCAUAGCUAGAAAGGAGAAAUCUCAUGUGGAUCCGAGCCUCCGAGGGCACGGUCCAUGCACCUCAGUAAGAAGUGGAUCUGCCUUUGGGAUCUGCCAAAGGAGCAAAUGUUUUCCAAGGAAGCUACCAGUUUCUGCUCCAGAAGGAUUUAAUGUCAGCAGCAAUAGAAAUGCCAUUCCCUUUGCCUCCGUGGAGAGUUUAGGGAAACAGCUUCUUUAAAACCUCAAAACCAUGACCAUCUUGUCAAAGACUUAAAUCUGUAAGCUGAUGCCAUGUCCAUAUACGGUGUCACUUUACUCUUCAUUUGUCACCGUCUUUUCCCACGCAGGCAUGCUGUGAGCAUCCCCGCCUGGGCCCAUCUUCUGCCUCCAGAGCAUGCUCUGCAGUGGGCCAGUUCUGUGGGAGAAGGGAGGCUGGCUCUGCCUUCUCUGAUAGAACCAGAGCUGGGGGAGUGAGACAUACAGUGGCACUUUUAACCCCCCUGCUCCGUAUUUGCAGAGAGACCAUGGGGUGACUAGGCAGGUGCAGAGAUGGAGUCAUGAGGCUCAGUGCGGUGGCAGGGGAAGACAGAGGGGUCCUGCCUGCCUUCAGCAGAAAACCCACCCAAUCUUAGGCCUGUGGCUCCCCACAGGCAGAGCCCAAGGUGGUGGCGAGGCGUGGCUGUGCAGCCAAACAGGCUUAGAGGAGUGAGUUAGGAAUUCCCGUUUACAUAUACUAGUUUGGUUUGUAAGUUUUAGUUCUCUGUAUCAUUGAAAUUCAGAGCUUUGUUUUAUGUUGGUCAUUAGGUUAACGUUACUCGUUUUUUUUUCCCCCAAGAGAAGCUCAUCAGUGUGUGUCGGUGUGCAAGCCUGAGAUCUUUGAAUGUGUUCAUGUGUGUCUGAAAGAGAGAGAGAGACCAAGAACUUGCCUGACUUUAGAAAUACACUAAUGUGCAGGUGUUGCCUUUGUCUGUAUUAAAGGCCCAUUGAAUGAUUAAUAACCAGGCUGGAAGCUCCCAUGUGGGUGUCUGAGUCCACGAGCCAAGCCUGAGGGGACAGUAUGAGUCCCCAGUCGGCCACACCAGCGCACCUUGCUGGCACGGUGCCUCGGGAAAGUGGCGACUCAGGUGGGCCUUGAGUUACACUUUAACUCAGCUGCUCAGUUCCCAGGGCACAUUUCUGGAUCGGAACCCAUGGGAAAGAGGCGGUACCAAGUGCAAUGUCUUAGUGUUCUACGGCUGGAGAUCUGUCGUCUGGCAGCCCAUCUCCUUUGUAGUAACCGUUCUUUCUGAACCCAGAGCCCUUUGCAGCAGUUCCCAGAGCAUAACGGAGGCCUCCCUCAUCUUUCUCGGGAUCAAACCCUGCUUCUUUAUUACUUCCUAAGAACUUAACUGUUUGAAUAGGAGCCCACUGAUGAGGUGGGAAGCCUAGGAGGUCACCUGCCAGUUACACCUUUCUCUUGCACCACAUUUCCUCGAAGCUAGUCCAAAUUUGGUAGACUGAACAUACCCAUCUUGCAAAUCUGAGAGUUGAAAGCUCCAGGUAGCACUCUAGAUGAAUGCUGAUGUCUCCAGGUGACUGUUCAGACCACGGGUGGUUGAGUGACCAUAGAACUUUUCUACAAAGGCAAACAAAGAAAGCCAGGUGGACAGGCAGGGUUAUGAAAACAGGCUUGCCUCAUCCGUGGCCGUGUUCAUCUGCUGAUCUGUGAAAUGAAGACGAACUCCUGGGUAGAAAUGAAACUGUCCCUUGCCCCAAGCAGUCUCUGGUGCUUUUCUUCUCUCCAAAUGGAUCCGAUGAUACUUGGAUAGAGAGUAAAAUGUCUUGCUGCCACCAGAAAGCUGCUACCUUGGGCUCUGAAUUGAGCCAAAGGUGUAGACCUACCCAGUCGACUGAAGGACCAGGUCUUCACGUCUGUAGUCAUGCUAGAGUGCUCCCAGCCAUCUGAAAGCCUUCGUGGGUGCAGCAGCUAAUGAAGGCUGGAAGCAAGUCUGCCAGGAUCUAAGAAACUCAUCGGGGAGAAGGAGUUUAAGACGGUGCGUGCAUGUAACCCUCUUCAGGCCCCCUUUUUUGCUCUGAUUGGCAGGAAUGUAUCUGGCUUCAAAUCUUAAAGUCACAUGUCUCCCAGACCCCUGGAUUCAGAACCCAAGGCCACAAACCAUAGGCAUGAAGCACUUUGUUAAGACAGUGACCCAUCGUCGUUGGAUUGUUCCCGUCAAAUGCCUGCAUGCUGCUUGAAUUGCACCACCCACACCUCCGUGACCAAGGGCGUCAGAGAGUUCUGCAGCUCAGGCGUGGGCCACGCUCUGCUUCUCCUGUCUGACUCUUGUAAGUCCUCCGUCACUGAAUGUAGAAGCGUUGCCAAGUUUCUGAGAAGUGUCGAUUCCCUGUUAACCUGGGAUAUCAGUUCUGCCUCACAUUUCCCACUUGAGGUCGAGGCUCACUGCGAACAACACCUGGGGCCAUCUCAACACCAUCAGUGGACAAAAAUGGGGCUAUUAAUAUACUCUCACAAAGCCAUAAUCAGAAAGCUCAGAGGGAACUGGAUAAGAAUAGUGGGCCUGGCUAUUGUCUGUCACGCAAGGUUUUGUCUUGUACUGUUCGGAAAUCUGCCACCCUCCUCCCCGCCCUUGUUUCUUGAAUGAAAUGCUUUUUGAGGUUAUUUAUGAAAGGAGUGAUCCUGGGGCAGCUCGGAGGCUGUGGGCUUUAUGGCUCCUUGGAGUUAUAAUCGAUCUUGACCUUCUCUUUGGCUACCUUUAGACAAAGAAUAUGCCAAUACUUGGGGCUCUAAGUUUUACAAUUGAUAUUUAUUUGUAUCAUCUCUUUGUCUAGGAAUGUAAAAGUGAUUCUAAGCUAAGAUGUGUAAUAAAAAUCAAUCAGAUUUAUUGUACCUACAAAAAGCUGUCCUCAUAAAUGACUAACGCUUUUAAAAAUGACAUGCCCAUGGCUGACGUGCUGCCAAUUUCUUCAAACAUUUGAGUUUUUCAAGUGAAGGGAGGUGACAGUGGGAAAUCAAGAUUGAGUUGGAAAGUUGGCAUUUAAAAAAUAUAGCAGGAGUUCCUGUCGUGGCGCAGCGGAAAUGAAUCCGACUAGGAACCGGAGGUUUGCGGGUUCAAUCCUGGCCUCGCUCAGUGGGUUAAGGAUCUGGUGUUGCCAUGAACUGUGGUGUAGGUUGCAGACGCGGCUUGGAUCCCGCAUUGCUGUGGCUGUGGUGUAGGCCAGUGGCUGCGGCUCCAAUUAGACCCCUAGCCUGGAAACCUCCAUAUGCCCCAAGUGCAGCCCUAAAAAUGAAAAGAAAUGAGUUCCCGUCUUGGCUCAGUGGUUAACGAAUCUGACUGGGAACCAUGAGGUUGCAGGUUGGAUCCCUAGCCUUGCUCAGUGGGUUAAGAAUCCAGCGUUGCCGUGAGCUGUGGUGUAGGUUGCAGACGCGGCUCAGAUCCCGAGUUGCUGUGGCUCUGGCGUAGGCUGGUGGCUACAGCUCCGAUUGGACCCCUAGCCUGGGAACCUCCAUAUGCUGUGGCAGCGGCCCUGGAAAAGGCAAAAAGACAAAAAAAGAAAAAAAAAAAAAAAAAAAGAAAAAAAAAGUUGAAAGUCCUUUUCUAGAUGCUAGGUGUAUGGAGAUGAAAGAGAGAUGAUCUGAACUCUCAAAGAAUCAGUGGGAACCUCCAUAUGCUGCAGGUGCAGCCCUAAAAAACAAAAAGA